GAUAACAUCACUUGCGCAUGCGCACACUAGGCAUAGAUCUAAUUACCAUCAUGUGAUGGUUGACAUGUGACUUGAUUCUUCUGCAAAUGUAGAAACGCUUUCUGUUUUUCUCUCCGCAUUUAUUAAGUUAACUGAGCUCAUCUGUCAGAAUGAAGGUACUUGUUCUUCUAGCCCUGGUCGGGUUUGCUACUGCCUUUGACUUCCCAGAACAGUGGGAGGCAUGGAAAUCAACUCACAAGAAGGUAUACGGGUCAUUGGAGGAGGAGCUCCAACGUCACACCACCUGGCAGUCCAACAAGAAGUACAUUGAUGAGCACAACCAGCAUGUCGAUGUGCACGGAUUCACUCUGGGUAUGAACGAGUAUGGAGACAUGGACCCAGCUGAAUUUGCCAAGACUUUCAAUGGAUAUCGCGGCGCCAACCCGACAGCUUUCCCGACAGCCCCCUGCACUGAGUAUUCCCCCAUGGGCAGCAGCUCUAAUGGAACAGAUUGGAGGAAGUUGGGCUACGUCACUCCGAUUAAGAACCAGGGCCAGUGUGGCUCUUGCUGGUCCUUCAGUACGACUGGCUCACUUGAGGGUCAACACUUUAAGGCCACUGGAUCACUGGUCUCCCUCAGCGAACAAGACCUCAUGGACUGCUCCACUGCUGAGGGUAAUCAGGGGUGCAACGGUGGAUUGAUGACCCAAGCCUUUGAUUACAUCAUCAAGAAUGGUGGUGACGACACUGAGGCCUCCUACCCCUACAAGGCUCAUGAUGAGACCUGUAGCUUCAACAAGGCCAAUGUUGGCGCUACAAUGAAAUCUUGCCAGUACAUCAAGUCGGAAUCUGAGGCUGACCUCUUGGAUGCUGUGGAACACAUUGGACCCAUCUCUGUGGCCAUUGAUGCCUCUCACCUCAGCUUUCAGAUGUACAGGAGCGGAGUGUACCACUCCUUUCUCUGCUCUCAAACCAAGCUGGACCACGGUGUGCUGGUGGUGGGCUAUGGCACUUAUGAGGGCAAAGAUUACUGGCUUGUCAAGAACAGCUGGGGCACUAGUUGGGGAAUGGAGGGCUAUAUCAUGAUGAGCCGUAACAGGGACAACAACUGUGGAAUUUCCAGCUCUGCUAGCUUCCCCGUUGUCUAACUUGUGUGGUUGCUACGACAACAUGAACUUGAGAAACUUUAUAUAUACAUAAUAAUUGUUAUGGACAUUGAAUUAGUUAAGUGUGAUAUAUACAUGAUUAAUUAGUGUAAAAUAAAAACUUUUUGCAUUACCGUAUAA